AUAACCACACUGGAUGCGCAAAGCUCCAUGCCCCUGAGGUGACCAUCAAGAGUGUCAGCCUGCUCAUCUGCCUGUUGGGGCUGGUGGGGAACGGGAUCGUCAUCUGGUUCCUGGGCUUCUGCAUGAAGAGGACCCCCUUCACCGUCUACGUCCUCAACCUGGCCAUCGCCGACACUGGCUUCCUCCUCUUCUCGGUCGCCCAUCGUGCCGCUUACACGGUGCGAUAUCUGUUUUGUGACAAUCCUAAGAGGAACCCCUUCACCGUCUACGUCCUCAACCUGGCCGUCGCCGACACUGGCUUCCUCCUCUUCUCGGUUGUCUAUGUUGUAGUUUAUAUGGUGCAAUAUCCAUUUUGUGACAAUCCGGAGGUUUUUUACAUAUUAUUCCUGCUUACAAUGCUGAGUCUAUGGAUGAACAGCACCAGCGUGUACCUCCUGACAGCCAUCAGCACUGAGAGGUGCGUGUCCGUCCUCUGCCCCAUCUGGUACCGAUGUCGCCGGCCAAGGCACUUGUCUGCCAUCGUGUCUGCCCUGCUCUGGGCUCUCCCCUUCCUGCUGUACUGUUCCAUAGGCGUUUUUUGUCAGUUUUUCUCCAAGGAAUUCUGUGCACAUCCCCUCCUGUACAUCUUUGCUCCGAAUGUCCUGAUAUUCUCCCCCAUCAUGGUUCUGUCUAGUCUGACUCUGUUUAUCAAGGUGCGUUGGAGCUCCCAGCGGCGCCCGCCCGGCAAGCUCUAUGUUGUCAUCCUGCUCACCGUCCUCUUCUUCCUCCUCUUCACUCUCCCUCACAGUUUUGCGAUUUUCCUCUCCUACCCGCACAUUAUUAAGCCCUCUCCGAUAUUUCACAUGCUGGCCUGUGCAAGCAGCAGCAUCAACCCCUUUAUUUACUUUCUAGUCGGGAGCUACGGGAAGCGGCGAUUCCGUGGCUCUCUCAAACUCUCACUCCGGAGGGUAUUUGAAGAGCAGAGAGAUUCCGGAGAAGACAAAGAUUGUUUAAAGUCCUUCAGCAGCCAGCCUGGGAGACCUUUUCUGGGUAUGGAGAUUUCCCUUGAUCCCAGAAUCAAAGCACAUAGAAAGGGAAAGGACCUUCCUAAUUCUUCCCCACCCCUGCCCUAG